AAGAAAACAUGAUACUGCGAAGUUCAGUGCUUACGGAGCACUCGCGUGAGCAGGACUUGAUCUCAUCCACGCGCGCAUACAUAAAUACCUAUCGCGACCAUGAGUGAACCUCAGUCGAAGAAAACGAAGACCAUGAGCUCGUUGAACCAACUGAAGGAGUUCACCACGGUCGUCGCCGACACCGGCGACUUUCAAGCCAUGGAGCAGUUUAAGCCCACAGACGCAACAACAAAUCCUUCGUUGAUUCUUGCUGCUGCCAAUGACAAAAAAUACGCUCAUUUAAUUGAGAAAGCUGUUGAAUAUGGCAUAAAAUCCGGAUCUACUUUAGAUGAGCAAGUUGAAGCAGCUCUUGAUAUUACAUGUGUACUAUUCGGCAAAGAGAUCUUAAAUAUAAUUCCUGGAAGAGUUUCUACAGAAGUGGAUGCCAGAUUAUCCUUCAAUAAGGAAGCCAGCAUCGAAAAAGCGAAAAAAUUGAUCGUUCUGUAUGAAGAGCUUGGUGUAAGCAAGGAACGCGUUUUGAUCAAACUUGCAUCGACUUGGGAAGGCAUCCAAGCGGCAAAAGAAUUAGAGGAAAAAUAUGGAAUCCAUUGCAAUCUGACACUAUUGUUCUCCUUUGCACAAGCUGUUGCCUGUGCACAGGCUGGUGUUACUCUCAUUUCUCCAUUUGUUGGUAGAAUUCUCGAUUGGUAUGUGGCAAAUACAGAUAAAAAAUCUUACGAAGCAAAGGAGGAUCCAGGUGUUGUUUCUGUAAAGAGAAUUUAUAAUUAUUAUAAGAAAUUUGGUUAUGAAACGGUUGUGAUGGGUGCCUCGUUCAGAAACAUCGGUGAAAUUAAGGAACUUGCUGGCUGUGACUUGCUUACUAUAAGUCCCAAGUUAUUAGAAGAAUUGGAAAAGAGUAACGAGCCUGUACAUAAAGUUUUGAGCGUAGAAUCCGCGAAAAAGCGUGAUCUUAUACAUAUCAACUUAGAUGAAGCUGAAUUUAGAUGGAUGUUGAACGAAGAUCAAAUGGCGACUGAUAAAUUAUCCGAAGGCAUUCGCAAAUUCGCUGCUGAUAUGCGCAAGCUUGAAAAGCUACUAAUGGAAAAGAUUCAGAGUUUAAAACAAAAAGAUUAGAAUAACAGCACUACUUGAUAAUGCAUUUAGAUGUGUGCAAUGACAUAAUGAUUUACAAGGACAUAAUAUUGAAUGUACAAGUACAUUCCUGUUGUUCAUACAUUUGUGAAAAUAAUUUUUAAUAAUUAACUUGUAUUAUGUAUAGAAAAAAAGAAAUAAAGGAAUGAAGGUAUAUUUUUA